UAUGGAAUCUUCAGCAAUUGCGCAACUGCGGAAGGGAAAUUGAAUGCUGACCCUCGUCCCACCAAAAGCUUUCAACACGUCGCGGCAGCUAUCUAUCGUGCGGCCAAACUCGUGCCCCAAAAUGCACACGCGUGUCACGGCACAUACCAUCGCAGCGGUUCCGACCUAGCGUAGCGUGCUCCAAGACUGCUCUCUUGCACGCACGCACGCACGGCCUUUGACGAAAUCUAACGCUACGAAGUGCGAAUUCGGGGGCAUUGUCCGAACGUUCGCUCGUUUUGUCAACCUCGCUUGGCUUCUGCUGCUUUUAUCUUUCGUUCCAUGGGAGGAGUCUUCCAAUUCGAACCCACGAAGCCGUUCUCUGUCUCUCAUUCUGCGCCGAAAGCCUCCUCAUAAACCCUGCAACGGCAGAGCGAGAACGCCAUUGUCGGGGGAGGUCGAAUAUCUUUGCUGGGUGAAGGCCGAGGGGGAGCGCUAGAGGGUAGGGAGAGGGGAGAGGGAGAGGGGGCGAGAAGAUGACGACCCAGUUGCCGGACGACUUCCGGUGCCCGAUCUCGCUGGAGAUAAUGUCCGACCCGGUGAUCCUGUCCUCCGGCCACACGUUCGACCGCGCAUCCAUCCAGCGGUGGCUCGACUCCGGCCACCGCACCUGCCCCAUCACCAAGCUCCCCCUCCCCGACCGCCCCUCCCUCAUCCCCAACUACGCCCUCCGCAGUCUCAUCUCCAACUUCGCCUCCGGCGGCGGCGGCGGCUGCGGCGGAGGCUCCCGGGCCGACCCGGGUCCGAAUCCCGAGCCCGGGGCCCUCGUGGCCGCCCUCACCUCCCGGGCGUCCCCGCUCGAGUCGAAGCUCGAGGCUCUGACCCUCUUGACCAAGCUCUCCAAUCGCGACCCGGGUUUCCGCCGGCGGCUCACCGAGUCCGGCACCGUGUCGGUGGUCCUCAGCUGCGUUGACUCGGAUGAUGGGUCGUUGCGCGAGAGGGCGCUGAGCUUGCUGCUGAAUCUCAGCUUGGACGACGAUAACAAGGUGGGGUUGGUGGCGGAAGGGGCGAUUUCGAAGAUAGUCGGCGCGUUGAGGGCGGAUUCGGCCAACUGCAGGGCGCUCGCCGCCACGAUAAUCACCAGCUUGGCGGUCGUGGAAGUCAAUAAGGCCACGAUCGGUGAGUACCCUUUUGCGAUUGGUGCUCUGAUUUCGCUUCUGAGGGAUGGGAAUGACAGGGAGAAGAAGGAGGCCGCGACGGCGCUCUUCGCCAUAUGCUCGUUCCCGGAGAACCGGAAGCGGGCGGCUGCGAACGGGUCGGUGCCGGUUCUGAUUAGGGCCGCGGAUUCGGGGCUUGAGAGAGCGGUCGAGGUGCUGGCGAUGUUGGCCAAGUGCAGGGAAGGGAGGGAAGUGAUGGGGAGGUGCGAUGGGUGCGUGAGAGUUUUGGUGAAGAUGUUGAGGAAUGGGGGUUGUAAGGGAGUUCAAUGUGCAUUGCUGACUCUGUAUUCGCUCUGUUGUUACAGUGAGAGAAUUUGUGUGGAAGUGAGAAGGCAGGGGGUUUUGGAGAUGUGCAUUAGGUUGCUGGUGAAUGAUAAUGAGAAGAUUAGGAGAAACGCCACCAACUUGGCUCAGCUUCUUCAGGUUGAUUCCGAUUGUUCUGUGAGAUGAUCAUUCGAGGGGUUAAAUUUGCGGAUGAUUUUGAAGAGGUUGACAUGAAAUUGGACGCAUGUUUUGUGGUCAAGGUUCGGUUUUUUGAAUGAUGCAUAGGCGAGUCGGAUUAUCCACUUCAUGGGGGUCUGUAGAUCUUCCACGUGAAUAUGCCUCGCUACCCUAAGUUAGCAACUUUAAGGUCUCACUCAUUCCAUAUGUUCUGUAUCAUUGCGAAGGAAAUUUGGCGAGAAUUUUCUUUCACUUAGAUCCACUGUCCUCGUUUUAACAUUUAUCACUUGUAUUUGCCUUGCGAUACUUUUAGAUGUUCGACAUUUACCCUGUUGGCGUAUGGAAAAUUAAGGCCGAUCCUGAUGUAGAAAUAGUUUAUGCACACUAUAGUGGCAAAGGGAUAUAGUGAGAAGGACUGUUCUUUCUCUCUCUCCCCCUCUGCCCACCCUGUUUAUUGCUGGUCAUCGAGCCAAUUGCAAAUAAAUGUCAAUUGCUGCAA